AUGAAUUGUAUUCAAACAUGCUAUUUACUGCUGCUUGGUUGUUCGUUUGCUGUAGAAAUAAAUAGAACAAAUAUUCAGAACAAUACUACAUAUGCUAAUGCAACAAAGCUUAUGCAACUUGUUAAUGAUAUCAAAUUAUAUCUCAAAAAAUUGUACGAAUUAAAUGAAUAUUUCCCGGAAGAAUUUGUCAAAGGUAAGGAUAAAAUUGAUGAAAUUGAACAGGAUGCUCGAAAGAUGUUAGAAACAAUCAAUCACAUACGAAACAUUUGGGAUGAUGAAGAGUAUAAGAAAAAUAUGGCAAUGAUUUGUGAAAUGUCAGAUGAAAAGCAAAAUAUUCAGGUGUAA